GGAUGGACACUUCAAGGGUCGUUCCUUCCGAGGACUUGAAAUCAAGGGUUGAAAUCUCGGAGCGUCGUCACAGCUCGGAGUCGUAGAUCGCACAGUUGGCUUGGCAUUGAAGAGAUCGCGAAAUCUUUGAAAUACUGGACCCAGCCUGUGAUUCAAGUCUGCCCCCCUUCAAACUCUUCCUCUUUCAUAUUAUUGUGAUGGCCAUCCCAGCUAAUGCGUACUAUAUACUAGACUCGCAUCCAGCUUCACAUUACGGUCUUGAUCCACCAAAUAGUUCAGGCAGUACCAACUCUGCACGUUCACAAUCUGCCAGUGUAAAAUCGGAACUAUCCUCCUCACCUUAUCUUGAUCUUUCACCGUCACCUCCACACACUUUUUCUUUCCAUUUUCCGUCAUCUGCGUCAGCGCCUAAUAGUACUGCGCAAAUUAAUCAUAAUUUUACAACGACAUCGAACACACUACCAGACCGCCCGUACUACCGCUUCGGAUCCAUGGCACACCCGGAGGACGCCUGGCUCAGCAAACGUUCAACAAAUUCCGCUCUCGACUUGAAUUCACUAUCAUUCCCGGACGAAUACGACGAUGGCGAUGAGUUACCUGAUCCUCCAGGCUCCUCUGGUGCGCCUGCUACUUCAUCUGGCUAUUCAGAUAGAGUCGUUAGAAGAAGGAGCAGUAAAGGUACUGUCCCUGUUCGUCUCAAAUAUCUAUUCAGUCCAUGCCUUAUCAUACGUCAGCUUGCGAUCAAUGCCGCAAAAGCAAAUGUAAAUGCGAGCGCGCAGGAGAUGGCGAGGCUUGUAAAAGCUGCAUCAUGCUGGGGACGCGUAAGUCUGCCUAAUUCCACACGGUUGACAACCUGCUGACCAUACUUUCUCGCUCCUUCCUUCUCAUUUCCCCCUCUCCCCAUUUCUGAAAUUUUGCGGCUCCUCAACUGGUCCUUGGAAUCCAUUCAUAUCAUCAUCAACGCGGCUCCACUUGACGCCACCUUGAUGGGGUCACCUUUCGUUACCCUCUUCACCAAUACAUCAUGAAUUCCCUUUUGUGGC